AUGGAAGCCAUCCAGUUUAUUCCUCGGGAUGAUCUUGGUUUUCGAUUGGAAGUGCUUAAAUCUAUUCAACGUAUCUUUAAAGCGCACACAUCAACAAGAGAUAUCUUUCGUCGUGUAGGAGGCUAUGUCAGUCUAGUAUCCAUGAUUGUGGCUUUGGAAGGCGCUUUUGUCGAGCCUGAAAGAUUCGUCAGGGAAGACACCGAUCGAGAACAAGUUCAAUCUAGAAUUGUAGCUGUCAUUCAGACCAUCUUUUCUGUCCUUGCCGCCUCGAUGCACCGUCAUGAAGUGAACAAGAAAUAUUUUUUAAAAGAUGUAGGCUAUGGUUCAUUGGAAAAUGCGCUUGGUUUGACAGGUGCUUUUAACCCUGGCUGUGUUGCGCAUCAUAUUUUUGGUAUCUUGUUUGGAUUUGCGAUUGAAGAUGAAUCUGUUUAUGAUUUAUUUGUACCCGAAGAACAGGGCGAUUUAGCAACACUCACUGUUGAUCUCAUGCGAAAAAUUGAAAUGACACUCAAAAGACCAACGGUUAAAGUAGUCAAUCCAGAAAUUACACCUACUAUCCUACGUCUUCAAGAAAAGAUACUUGUGGUCGAUGUACAAUUAUCGCGUGUAGUACUGAGUGCUAUUUAUGCCUUAGCACAAGCCAGUCGCCACAACCAAGUCAAAAUGAACUCAAGUGGUUUGAUACUCACACUCCUUAAGCGAUCCUUCCCUGAAGACGGCAACAAUACUUCACCUGAAAGAGAUAUCUUGAUCGAAAUCAUCAAGAAGCUUAUGAACAUGGGCGUCAGUUUUGAAGAAUUGCGAUACAUAUUCAAGCAGUUCGAUAUAAACCACGAUAUUCAGAGCAGACCUAAACUGAUGGACUUGGUACUGCAAGGUAUCUCUCGUAGUCGAUGGCCCAAUUUUAUUCAGUUUGAUAAAAAGUCAAGUGCUUACUCUGUGCUGGAGAUCCCUCAGCUGAACCAUUUCCCACCUGCAAAUCCAGGAUACACUUUAUUGUUUUGGGCCCAUAUUGAACGUCAAGACGAUACGUCCAAAUUGACCUUGUUUGGUGUAUGGGAUGAAGAUCAAUGUUUAUUCGAAGUGUAUGUGGACGCAAAGACCAAAAUGCUUCAUCAAGAUGCAGUCUUUCGAGCAUUUGAGUUUCAAUUAGGGUUUUGGUAUCACUUAUCUAUUGUACAUUACAAGUCGAGAUUGUCUGUCAAAUCAAAUACUUUGGAAAAAGAGACUAUCAUCCUGUUCUUUAAUUUAGGUGCUCGCUACAAAUCGUUGUUUCAAGACUCGCUUAAAAAGUUUCAGACCUAUGAAGCCUCCUCCUCUUUAUUUCUGACGCUGCGUAGUCUAUCAAAAGCCACACCAAGUCGACGUAGUUCGACACAGUCUCAAAACUUGAUGAAUAUGAUGAAAGGUGUCAAUUUUCAAACCAUUCCCGAAUCUAAAAUUGCCAUGGCUUUCUUUGCUUGCAAUGCCUUAGCUGAAGGGCCUCGUACAGGCUUAACAUUAUCUGGUAUGAGUAGCAGUACCAUGUCUUUGAUCUCUACCGGUGUAGACUAUACCAAUCUUGUUUUGAAUUCGGCUAUUCCUAAAUUGGAUUCAGCCAUGUUUGUACCCAAAAGCAUGGGCUAUUUAGUAGGCAGUCCAAUCAUUGCCUAUCCUUUUGGUCUAGAUGAAUCGAUUUGGAAGAUUGGUGGGUGUGCUAUUGCUCUCAAAUUGAUUGAACGAUCAGAGACAUCAGAAGCUUUGUGUAAAUCAACCGCCAUUUUGUUUGAAAUCAUUCGUUAUUCUUGGCGAAAUUCAGAAGAUAUGGAACGAUGCCAUGGUUAUGAAGUUUUAGCUUAUUUGUUAAAGCAAAGGCGAGAAUUAAUCACAGUGGAAUUGAUUGAAUUGUUGCUUGUAUUUAUUGGCAAGAAUCCUCAUGCACCAGAGGAAUCCAUCAUCAAUAACCCAUUAGCUUAUCGAUUCGUCAUCCUUAAUUUUGAAAUUUGGAAAAAGACAUCAAUUUCUGUUCAGAAAGCUCAGUUGGAUCAAUUUAUUUUGUUUUUGAAUACAAGUAAAAUGAGAAACUUUAACUCAAGACGUCUUCCCAAAAUUCAUCUUGUCAAAAAAGUCUUGCUGGCAUUUAGAAUGAACGUGUAUGCUAAGGAACUUGUGCCUCAUCUUGUCAAUUCACUAAAAGCCAUCAUGUUGAGUAAUUGGAGUACUGAAAGCAUUCGAGCUGUAGCUACUUUCUUAGCCUCUACAGUCUCCAAAGGUAAAGCUGGAUAA